UGGUUGUCAUUUCACUCGGCUCGGUCCUGAGGAGAAGGACUCAGCCGCGGCUGCGGGACCUGAGCACCGGAGGCAGUGGCGGCGGCGGCGGCGGCGGCGGCGGCAGCGGCGACAGCAGGGGACGACGAGGAGGAAGAAGGAAGAAAAAGAAGAUCCAGGCGGAGUCCGCAACGACGACAGCUGGGACUGCGGGACCGGAGAAAAGCGGCGGCGGCGGCGGCGGCGGCCCAGCAACCGUGAGGAGAAACAAAAGCCUUCUAAAUUAUAGUUUCCAAUCAGUCUAGGGGGACAGAGAGCGCGAGCCCAGGGGGGAGGCUUUUCUCCUUCAGAGUAACUACGGUAGCGGGGUUUUCCUUUUUGUCCAUUCCCCUUCCCCCUCCCCCCGGCGGAGAAUCGAACUGAGAGAACUGAACAAACCGCCCCUGGGUCCCAUGAGGGAAAAAAAUCCCGGAGCCGCAGAGAGGGGAAGAGGCAGAAACCGCAGGACCUUCCAGGUCGCCCCCUUGCUCCCCGCACCCCCGGGCCGCCAGCUCGCCCUUGUCCAGUCUCGCUAAUCCCUCCUGAUCGCGACACCCCCCAGAGGGAGAAACGGGUGUUUCCAACCCCUUACAUGGGGGAAAGGAGGCCGAGGGGAGCCGAAGAAGAGCAAACGCAGCAAGAUCUGCACCCGGAGCCCCAGGAACAGCCCCAGAGGCCCACACUGCAUCCUACAAAAGAACAGAAACAGGACCAGGAACAGCAGAAAUCUCCCUGCAAUCAUCUUUCCUUUAGUCAAGGCUGAUUUCCUCUUUGGCAACCAGAAAUUCACCUCCCACCCCAGAUAACCUAAUAUAAUCUAUCUAUAUAUAAAUAUAUAAUAUAUAAUGUUCUUAAAUUAUUCCUGAUUUUUUUAACCAAGCUGCCAAGAAAAGAACGUAUUCUCCCCUUAAUCCUAUUCUAAUUUUUAUGUGAAUCUAAACUGCUGAGGAAGACCAUAUGUGAUUGUUAAAUUUUAUAUAUAUAUAUUUUUACUCCACACAAUGCUUAUUCUUCUAUAUCCAUAGAUGCUUGAGAAGCUGUGUUUUUGUCAUUCAUGAACAUUUUCCUUUGGAAAAAGAAAGCGCCUAUUUUACUAACCAAAGACUUGAUUUUUACCUUUUUCCUUUUUUAUUCCCUCCUAGAAAUAAGCCCAAUUGGAUUCAUAUCACUAUUUUAAGAGUUUUUGUUUUUGUUUUUGUUUUUAGGUUCUUUUCCAUUCAGAGAGACCAGAAUUCCAAAUCAGAGAUACGUAGGGUGAUAAGCUGUGAUCUUUGAGUUAGCUAUAAAUAAGCAAGCAAACAUUUGAGAUACACGGGAGGAAAGACGGGAGACAUUAGGUUGUCUUUUUUUAUUGUGAGAUUCUGAUCCUAAAAAUAAUAAAUGGGGGAUUACGGGUUUGGAGUGCUAGUGCAAAGCAAUACUGGGAAUAAAUCUGCUUUUCCAGUCCGAUUCCAUCCACAUCUGCAGCCUCCACACCAUCACCAAAAUGCCACCCCCAACCCUGCUGCUUUUAUAAAUAAUAACACAGCUGCCAACGGCAGCAGUGCCGGGUCAGCUUGGCUCUUCCCUGCUCCGGCUACCCAUAACAUUCAGGAUGAGAUCUUGGGGUCAGAAAAAGCAAAAAGUCAACAGCAAGAACAACAAGACCCUUUAGAAAAGCAACAACUCUCCCCGAGUCCAGGUCAGGAAGCUGGAAUACUGCCUGAAACUGAAAAGGCAAAAGCUGAAGAAAAUCCAGGGGACAGUUCUUCAGAAAACAGCAAUGGAAAAGAAAAACUACGCAUUGAAUCACCAGUGUUGACAGGGUUUGAUUACCAAGAAGCCACGGGCCUCGGGACUUCUACCCAACCCUUGACAUCCAGUGCAUCGUCCCUUACUGGUUUCAGUAACUGGUCAGCAGCGAUAGCACCUUCUUCCUCCACGAUAAUCAAUGAAGAUGCAAGUUUCUUUCACCAGGGAGGGGUCCCUGGCGCUUCAGCUAAUAAUGGUGCUCUCUUGUUUCAAAAUUUUCCCCAUCAUGUCAGCCCUGGCUUUGGUGGUAGCUUCUCCCCUCAGAUCGGGCCUCUCUCCCAGCACCAUCCUCAUCACCCCCAUUUCCAGCACCAUCACAGCCAGCAUCAGCAGCAGAGGAGGUCUCCUGCCAGUCCCCAUCCCCCACCUUUCACACAUAGAAAUGCUGCUUUUAACCAGCUGCCUCAUUUGGCGAAUAAUCUUAACAAACCUCCUUCUCCGUGGAGCAGCUACCAGAGUCCCUCUCCAACCCCAUCUUCUUCCUGGAGCCCAGGAGGUGGCGGCUAUGGUGGCUGGGGAGCCUCUCAAGGCCGGGAUCACCGCAGAGGGCUGAACGGUGGAAUAACGCCCCUGAACUCCAUCUCACCUUUGAAGAAAAAUUUCGCAAGCAAUCAUAUUCAGCUCCAGAAGUAUGCUCGCCCUAGCUCAGCCUUUGCUCCAAAAUCCUGGAUGGAAGAUAGCUUGAACAGGGCUGACAACAUUUUUCCUUUUCCGGAUCGCCCCAGGACAUUUGACAUGCACUCCCUGGAGAGCUCACUCAUUGACAUAAUGAGAGCUGAAAAUGAUUCCAUUAAAGGUCGUCUAAACUAUUCCUACCCAGGAUCCGAUAGUUCUCUGCUUAUUAAUGCAAGGACUUAUGGGCGAAGGAGAGGUCAAUCUUCAUUGUUUCCAAUGGAAGAUGGGUUCCUGGAUGAUGGCCGUGGUGAUCAACCUCUUCAUAGUGGUCUGGGUUCACCUCACUGCUUCACUCACCAGAAUGGGGAGAGAGUGGAACGAUAUUCUCGCAAGGUGUUUGUGGGUGGAUUGCCUCCUGACAUUGAUGAAGAUGAGAUCACAGCUAGUUUCCGCCGCUUUGGCCCUUUGAUUGUGGAUUGGCCUCAUAAAGCAGAGAGCAAAUCUUACUUUCCACCAAAAGGCUAUGCAUUCCUGCUGUUUCAAGAUGAAAGUUCUGUCCAGGCUCUUAUUGAUGCAUGUAUUGAAGAAGAUGGAAAACUCUACCUGUGUGUAUCAAGUCCAACCAUCAAAGAUAAACCAGUGCAGAUCCGGCCCUGGAAUCUCAGUGACAGUGACUUUGUGAUGGAUGGCUCACAGCCACUUGACCCACGGAAAACAAUAUUUGUUGGUGGUGUUCCUCGACCCUUACGAGCUGUGGAGCUUGCAAUGAUAAUGGAUCGGCUGUAUGGAGGUGUCUGCUAUGCUGGAAUCGAUACUGACCCAGAACUCAAAUAUCCAAAAGGAGCUGGACGAGUCGCCUUUUCUAAUCAACAGAGUUACAUAGCUGCUAUCAGUGCCCGCUUUGUUCAGCUGCAGCAUGGAGAGAUAGAUAAACGGGUGGAGGUUAAGCCAUAUGUCUUGGAUGACCAGCUGUGUGAUGAAUGUCAAGGGGCCCGUUGUGGGGGGAAAUUUGCUCCAUUUUUCUGUGCUAAUGUUACCUGUCUGCAGUAUUACUGUGAAUAUUGCUGGGCUGCUAUUCACUCUCGUGCUGGCAGAGAAUUCCACAAACCCCUGGUGAAGGAAGGUGGUGACCGCCCUCGGCAUAUUUCAUUCCGCUGGAACUGAAGAAUGAACGACUCCAGAGCUCAUUUGCAGGCCUCAGAAGAAAUACCCUCUUCUGUUAAUUCCAACUCUUCCUCAGCCUCUUCACGCUGCAUGCCCUGCGCAGCAGUGUGUAACUAACAGUCAUAGAAUGAAAAGAACAACCUACAACAUAGGUAUUUUGUAGACUCUUGUGUCACUACAAACAGUAUGUUCAACUCCAUUUCAUAUUGCCAUUAUGUUGCAUGCAAGUUUUAAUUCUCUUGUUUUGCUGGAGGCCAAGAGGAUCCAAACUUGCUGUAGCAUUUUCUUAGAGGAGAGAAAUAUUAACAGAGAAAUGAGACAAUAUUUUGGGGUUUUAAUUGCUGGUAAUGAUAUAACAUAUAAGAAAACUUUAUUGAGAUAAUCACCAACAGUUACACUAUUGUCUCUUCUGACACAGUCUCCCCCAGGGAAGUGCUCUUGCCAUUUCUUUUCUUUUCUUUCAUUCCUUAUCUCUCUCUUUUCUAUCCCUUUUUAUUCUUUAACAACAAUGGAGGAAGUUAACAGUUAUUAACAGGAAAGAGUAUGUCAGAGCAAGCAAAUGCAUGAGCAAGAUUGAGCAGCAUAAACAUAAGAGCUUUGGGGCUGAGGAUAGCUUGGUCAUGCCUCAAAUGCCUUCAUACAUCAGAAAAAAUAAAGUAGGCAGAGCUGAGUUUGUUUUCUUUGAAAUAAUUCUAAAAAUUGCGAAUGUAAGAAUUGGGUGACUUUACUACUGAGGGGAGUGCCCUUACUUAUUUAACUGACUUCCUAAUCACAGCCCCAGGAAACCUACCAAAGCUAGAACUAAUGAUGUCUGGUGGGAAAACAGAAGAACAAAUACAUAAAUUUUAUUUUUGUUGUUAUAUAUAAACUCUAUAUCCUAAUUUACUAACAGUCAUCAGGUGUCAGCCUUUGCUCUCCAUUUUGACAUUAAAAACAACAAACAUAUCUAGACAUACCUCAAGGAGAUCAUUUUUGACUUUGUGUUACACUACACUUGUAGCCAAAACUGGAAGAUUAAAAGCAACAUACAGAUCGGCUGCCCAUUGGCCUUCGUUUCCAUUUGAAGUUACUUUGGAAUCCUGUAAUUUAGUUGUAACAUAGAAAACGUGGGGGGGAAAGGUUAAAAAAAAAGUCAAGUAGUUGCAAAGUGUUUUGCACUGUUGAACUAAGUAAUUGUGUAAAUCUGUGCAAAAGUCCGUAUGUUUAUCCUCCUCUUCCUAUAAGGUACAAUAACAUACACUUUCCGAACUUAGCAUGGGACAUAGUGUUUGAAGUGCCAACUUCAUCAAGUAAUGCAUGCUUUAUUAUAAAUACAACCCUAGCGUUGAAAGAUGUUCUUAUGUUUUGAACAGUCUGCUUCAGGGGUAAAUUUAAAAUAGUCUCUUGAAGCCCUGGUCAUGGAAGUAACUUUUGGUUUAAUCGACAUCCUCUUAUUAAAAUGCCCUACCGUAGUUGAAAGGAUUACUGUCAGUGUGCAGAGCAUUAAACAGCAACAGUCUGAGUGCAGUCUUGCUGGCUGUGCUGCCUAACAGUACCAUCUUGGAUCCUUCAGAACCAAAGACUUGCCCGCAGUGCUGUCACCGCCUGGCUGGUGACCCCUCUGCUGUCUGUAGGAAAAGCAGCCCUUUAUUUUUAACACAGGCUUUAAUGAACUACACCUGUUAAGUUCCAAAGGUCAAAAUGGAGGCACUUGCUGUCUAAGAGUCCAACAGAAAGAGGGAGCCACUGUCAAAGAGUCCCCUGCUAACAGAACAGCAGAGCAGCUGUGUGGUGGAGGGUGCUGUCUCUUGUGUAGCUGGUCAGGGACGUUUUUUCUUUUCUCCUGGACUACAUGAUUCUAAUUGGAAUGUUCAUUUGCCUCUUUUUCUUCCUUUAAUGCUUGUAGGUGGCUUGGGGUGUGCUAAUCGUGCUGGUCCUUCUCAGUAAACAGGUGUGAUGAGUUAACAAGAACUAACACUGCUUGAGAACUAGCUUUGAGUAAUACUUUCCCUUUGUACACGGCCUGCUGAAUUCCGGUACAGUGUCUGUAGCUGACUUACUUUGUCAUGCACAUGAUGUACGUUUGUUAUGCACUACUUUUGUAUACCUUGUUUUUCCAACAGUGAACAUUUUUAGGCACACUUUUCACUGACGGGAUAUCUCUUUAUGCAAUACCUCAAUUUUUCAUAUUGCAAAGAGUAGCUUUUUGUACUUUUAUUACUGAGAGAUCUUCAUAUACUUCAUUUUUUAAUAUAAAUAAUUUUAAUAAAUUUUAUUUUCUUAUAUUCUGCUUUUUAUACAUUUCAGUGCUCUGCAUACAUUUUAAAUUAUGAAUGUUGUGCACUGGCAAUGCUAUUUUAGAGUCUGCAGAGAAGAGAAAGCAUGUUGCUUAAACAGCCUUCCCCAGCACCAGCUACUGGUGUACCUAUAAUUUAAGAAAUAGUCUAUGUAAAGUCACAAAUUAAUGGAAAAAAUUCGCAUGAAAAUGACAAGAUAACACUGUAGUUCCUAAAAAAAAAAAAAAAUUAAAUGCAUAACCAUAGGGUAGAAAUUUAAAAUAACAAAAUUGUCUACAGCUUCUUACUAAGUUUUUAAAAUUAUUCAUAAAAUGCAGACAUUUUGGGUGAAUGUUUAAUCAUUUUUAAUCUUAAUUAAUUGAUGUUACAUGUUUGAUUCAGAGAUGUCUGCUCUUUUAAAUUCUAUAUAAUAAAACAAAAUCGCCUGCCACAGGACAGGUUUGUAAUGUUAGUAUGCAUGACUAAUGUAAGAAAUUGUUAUUCUGCUAAUAUUUACUUGUGAUUGUGUGACAAGCGUGUUUACAGAUGAUUUGGUUCCACUUCUUUACAGGGCAUAAACAAUGAUUAUCUAUUACUCUGAACUUUAUGAUUACAUGUCCUUCAGAUUACAUGGGAUUGUAGUUGGGAGUUACCAUGUAACUCAAACAUUAUUAACAUGUAAUUAGUUUACAGGUUUUAGGGUAUCACUUCAAUUUACCAAGCAUGUAGUUCUAGCGCACUAGCAUGGCACCAGCCAUGUAUUUACAAUGUAGUUACAGAGUAAUUACAUGGUUAUUUUUGCAAUGUAAAAUAAAGUGUUUCUGAUUAUUUUCUAUGUAAAGGACCCCCCGUCCCGUCCCCGUCCCCUGGCUUUGGUAUAAUAUAUUUACUUCUCCAUACACAGACCUCUGCAGAAUGCAAAAUAGAACUUGCAGUGAAUGAACUUAGCAUUUUAUGAGAGUGCUGUUGGAAAGACUUGAUAAUUCACCCCUUUUGUUUUGAAGAGUUGAAUCUUCUGUUAAAAGGUGAUUUAAAACUUGAAUGUGAUGAAUUGUGGCAAGCUCACUCCAGUUAUGUGCAAUACUUAUCUCACACUUUGGAAGAUCUUUGCAGUGUAAUUCUUUGUUUUUAAUUGCAGACAUUAAAAAAUGUCAUUUUCUACUGUUAAGAGUAAUCCUCUUUCUUGCUGGUGUUUCUAAAGAAAAGAAUCAGAAAUCAAUCUUUCUACUAAUGUAAAUUUGAGAUUAUUUUUAAAAAUGGAAUAAAAGAGGUUUUGGUCAUUUGCUUUAUUUUAUUAUCUUAUUUUAAAGCUACUGUGAUUGAUAGCAUUGUAAGAAUUGGGACAAUAUUGUAUUCAACUGUUUUAUUUUUUAUAUUUUUAAAAUUUAAAGUAUAAUUAGUUUUUAUAAUUUCAUCAGAUUUUUGUUAUAUUUUUUUGGAAGUGAAACUUUUAGCAAGUGGGUGUCUAGUUUUUACUAAUCUCUAAUUUUUCCAGUGUAUUGCUCAUAUUAUCAGAAGGGAACGUUAUUUAAGUGCGUCAGUUAAUUGUACUACUUGGCUGAAUUUCCAUAUAGUUUUUACUGUGUAUGGGGAGGUUGUAGUAUUUAUUCUAGCAUUUUAAAUAAGGGUAAUUCAUUUUUUUAUUAAAGUCAUUUUCACGUUAAGUUCCUAUUUUUGUAUGUUCUACUCUUAAGUUAUAUAACACAGUUCCUUUUUUAAAAAGAGUUCAUUUGUUGAAGUGCUAGUGGAAAAUUAAUGUUAUUAAAUAGUUUGCAAAUGACUAUUUAUACCAGUAUGCAUAUAAUUUUUAAAUAUUUGUAAUGUGAGAUGUUGAAUGAAUAAAACUUUUAACUCAGA